AUUGGUGUGCCGCUUCACACAUGUUCACAUCAAGUGUCCAAAUUCGAGUACUCGUAUAUUUACCUCUCAAGAUCCAGCAGAGAAGUGAGAUGUCAUCCUCUUCUUCCAAAAACAACACUUUGGGUCAACAAAAUGGAGAAAGGGGUACUCUUCAUUGCACUUCUAAUAUCUGCGUUUUACUCUUCAUCUGAAGCAGCUGAUUCACAAACUUCUUUCGAAGAUAACUUCAGUAUAAUGUGGUCUGAAGAUCAUUUCAAGACCUCUGAAGAUGGUCAGGCCUGGUACCUCUCCUUGGACAAAGAAACAGGUUGCGGGUUUCAAACCAAGCAAAGAUACAGAUUUGGGUGGUUUAGCAUGAAACUGAAGUUGGUCGGAGGUGACUCUGCUGGCGUUGUAACAGCUUACUAUAUGUGUUCUGAGAACGGGGCAGGGCCAGAACGAGAUGAACUGGAUUUUGAGUUCUUGGGGAAUCGAACAGGGCAACCGUAUUUAAUACAGACAAACGUGUAUAAAAAUGGUGUUGGAGGCCGUGAAAUGAGGCACAUGCUUUGGUUCGACCCCACUGAAGAGUUUCAUUCAUAUUCCAUUCUAUGGAACAACCACCAAAUUGUGUUUUUUGUGGAUGAAGUUCCCAUAAGAGUAUUCAAAAACAAUGGUGAUGAGAAAAACGACUUCUUUCCCAAUGAGAAGCCAAUGUAUUUGUUCUCCAGCAUAUGGAACGCAGAUGAAUGGGCGACGAGAGGUGGGUUGGAGAAAACAGACUGGGAAAGAGCCCCAUUUGUGUCGUCUUACAAGGAUUUCAGCGUCGAGGGUUGCCAAUGGGAAGACCCUUACCCUGCCUGUGUUUCCAGCACCACAAAGAACUGGUGGGAUCAGUACAAGGCUUGGCGUUUAUCUGAUUCCCAGAAAAUGGAUUAUGCUUGGGUGCAGAGGAACCUUGUCAUUUAUGAUUAUUGCAAGGAUAAUGAACGAUAUCCUAAAUUGCCUGGAGAGUGUUCAUUGAGUCCCUGGGAAUAGGAUCCUAUAUCAUCAAUUAAGAUAAAUUUUUGUUUCGAUUUUAUGGGAUGUUUAUAUAAUUUAUUCAAUUGUCUUUAUGAUAUGAGUUUGCAUAUUUGACCAGAUCUAUAUUUGGUUCACUAUUUUUUAAUAAUACAGUUCAUAUAUUUUGAAGAA